CAGACCACAGCAGAGCUCAGAGAAACCUGUGGAGUCAACCGAGGAGACGGCAUGGUGAAGUUCGCACCCCUGUCCGUGCCGUGGGAGCGCAGACUGCAGACCUUUGUGGUUCUGCAGUGGAUUUUCUCCUUUGCGGUCCUGGCCCAGAUCUGCAUUGCUGUCUUCAUAGGCCUCCUGUUCACAAGAUUCUGGAUCUUCAGUGUCCUAUAUGCAGUCUGGUGGUACCUGGAUCUAUCCAAGCCGUGGCGGGGGGGCAGGCGCAGCGAGGCCUUAAGGCGCUGUGUCAUAUGGAGGUACAUGAAGGACUAUUUCCCCAUCUCGCUGGUCAAGACUGCCCAUCUGGACCCCUCCCGGAACUACCUCGCUGGCUUCCACCCCCACGGGGUUCUGGCCACCGGAGCUUUUACCAACCUGUGCACAGAGAGCACCGGGUUUUCCUCACUCUUCCCUGGCAUCCGCCCACAUCUGAUGAUGCUGAACUUGUGGUUCUGGACUCCUUUCUUCAGGGAUUAUAUCAUGUCAGGGGGGCUGGUCCCAGUAGACAAGGAGAGCGCUGCUCACAUUCUGAGCAGGGAAGGAGGCGGUAACCUCAUGGCCAUCAUUGUUGGGGGCGUCCAGGAGGCACUGGAUUCCAAGCCUGGAGGCUACAAGCUGGUGCUGCGGAACCGCAAGGGCUUCAUCAGGCUCGCCCUGAUGCACGGGGCAGCUCUGGUGCCAAUCUUCUCCUUUGGGGAGAAUGACAUAUUUAAGCAGGUUGAGAACUCUCCUGGCUCCUGGGUGCGCUGGUUCCAGGACCGACUUCAGAAGAUUGUAAGAGUCUCCAUCCCACUCUUCUAUGGCCGUGGAGUCUUCCAGUACAGCUUUGGUCUUAUGCCCUACCGCCGGCCCAUCACCACCGUGGUGGGGAAGCCCAUCGAAGUGCAGAAGACAUCACAUCCCUCCCAGGAGGAGGUGGACAGGCUGCACCAGCGCUACAUGAAGGAGCUGGAAAACCUCUUCGAAGCCCACAAGCUCAAGUACAACGUCCCCAGAGACCAACACUUGGAGAUCUGCUGA